AUGAACACCACCCUCACCAUGACCACCACCUCCACCAGCACCACCUCCUUGCCGCCGGCGCCCGUACGCCUGGUGCAGCUUUCAGGCGACGUCUUCAAUGUGGGCGAUCCCUUGCCAGAUGAUGGUUUCGUCAGCGGCCGGGUGGAAGUUUUCUAUAACGGCCACUGGGGCACAGUCUGCAAGGAUGGCUUCGGCGGGGUGGCAGCGCAGGUGGUUUGCAACGAGCUCGGCCUGGAAGGCGCCUGGGGCCGCUUCGACAGCUCGGCCCUGGCGGGCAUGCCUGGAUCGGAGGACCAGACGAUUUGGAUCGACGACAUCGACUGCCAAGGCGACGAGACGCACUUGAGCCUUUGUGGCAACGCUGGCUGGGGCAUUAACAAUUGCUGGCACUCAGAGGAUGCCAAGGCGCUCAAGGGCUCGCUCGAGCGAGUCAGCCUAAGUCGGGAUCGCUUGCUGUUUUAG